UUCAAGGUCAGAAUUUUGAGUUUAUUCCAUUCGGGUCUGGAAGGCGGUCGUGUCCAGGGAUGACAUUGGCAUUGCAAGUGACACACUUGACCAUUGCAUCCUUGCUUCAAGGAUUCAACUUAGCUACACCUAAUGAUGGUCCGGUAGAUAUGACUGAAGGGUUAGGAAUUACAAUGCCUAAAGCAGCUCCACUUGAAGUCAAUCUCACUCCUCGCCUUCCUGCCGAUCUUUAUUGACCAAUAUGUAAUACCAAAGACAUGCUGCAAGUAUUUAUCCUUGGAAAUGGAAGUGAAAGGUGCUUAGCUAUCAUGCCCCAUCCAGCUUGCCUUGUUCAGGCUCCAAUGCUGUUGUCCCAAAAAUAAUCAAAGUUCUUCAUCUUG